AUGCUGCUCGCACGUCUGCGGACAACAACAACGGUGGCCGUGACCCGCAGCUGCUUCCAGCCGCGCCCGUUUGCCCACAUGCUCAGCACUGCGGCGACAAAUGCGUUGGACGAGACGCCGACCGCGCGCCGCGAUAUUGUACUCGAUGGGUUUGCCAAGCGCCAAUUCGACGAAAAGACGUACUCGGGGACUCAGAUCGACUUUGACAAAGAGGACUUUAUCCAGCGCGUGAACGAGGUGUACGAAGCCAACUCGAAGCAGCUGGUGGACGGCUACGCGCCGUUUUGCAAGCACCUGUUUAUCGAGAACUUUACGGGCGCUCGUCUCAACAUUGUGCCCAUUACGCAGGCCAAUGCAUCUAUGCUCAUGUCGGACUACGAGGCCCGCACAGAGUACGAGCUGCCAGUAUUGAGCCGUUGGUUCCCGAGCCACAGUGUGACUCCGAGGGUGGCCGAGUACUUGGACAUUAUCCUGUACAGUCGCGAACAGAUUGUCAAGGAGAACGAGGCGGUGGAGGUGCAGGCCGAUCCAUCGCACAGCGAUUCCAAGUGGGGCAUUGUGUCCAUCAAGGCCCAAGACGUCGACUACGAGCUGCCGAUGAAGCCCAUUACCAUGAUGCGGAAUGCCAUCGGGAAGGCGCAAGGUGGCUCGGGUGUCCCCAUCGACCGCGACGCCUACAUGAAGGCGGUCGAGUACUGGAAGACUCACGCUGUGAUCAAGAAGAUGUAG